UUCCUCAAAAAAAGUACAAAUGUGUACAAGAUAACUUUGUCAUACAUUUUCACCAAGGAGGUCUUAGUUGCGCACUUUUACAUCUAACUAAGAUGUUUGGUGUAGUAUUUCUCAUGCGAUUUUUUUUAAAUGAAAACUAGUUUUGUUGACGACAACAAACACUUAAUUGAGGAAUCCCUGCUGUUGACCAAUCACCGACGAAGGGGAGUAGACUUCGGCUACACGAAUUUCGACAAGGCUCAACAAAAAAAUGCAAUGUGGUCGAACAGCCCCCCCCAAGAAAUAUGUCGAACACUACAACGAACAAAAUGUCACAAUAUAUAAGCAAACUGUUUUGACUGGGAAGCAUACGGAUCCAUUGCAGUGCAAAAUUUGACCGUGAUGGAGGGUGAGACACUAACCAUGAAGUGUCACAUUAGAAAUGCCGAAGGGAGCCACGUGGAAUGGAAUAAUCCUGAUGGGCAUGUUAUGUUUUUUAAUAACCAGAAGGCCCUGAAGGACAAGCGCUACAAGAUAAACUUGUCUGACUCCGUUUUUUCAGUCAGUGUGUCUGAUGUCACCUUCAAAGAUGGAGGCCUCUACACAUGUUUACAUUACAUUCACAAAGUGCAUGUAGUGAAGUUGGUUAAUGUGACAGUUUUGGGUAAGCCAAAAUUGGAGAUAACAGAACACAAUGGAAAGACUGCCAUAAAAUGUUCUGCAGUGGGAAAUGGCCAUCCUCCCAAAAUCUCAUGGCUGUUGGAGAGUGGGUUAGAAAUGUAUGCUCAGCCUCAGUCCCAGUAUCUGUUGGACAAAAACACAUAUUCCUCCCUGGAUAUCUUGUAUGUUCAGUCCUACAAGAGGAGAGUCACGUUGAAAUGCAUUGUUCGCCAUCCAGCCUUACACAAUUCAUCCCUGAUGAAUUUUGUGAAAAUUGGACAGAAUCCCACUGAGGAAUCACACUCCACUACGAGAGCCUCUCAUUUGCUCAGUACAGGUCUAACAGAGGUACCAACAACAACAGUCUCCCAUUGGCAUAGUACACAGGUGUCAUCAGAAACACAAACAGCUACAGCCUUAGAUUGGCCAAAUACAGAGGGAUCACCAGCGUCAACCCCUGACUUACAGCUCAGCACUCACAAUUGGUCGUCAGUGUCCCAGACAACAGAGAACACACCUCAUAAUGGCACAGGACACAACUCCAGCAAUGCUAAAGGAAGCUUUGUCAAUGAUACGGAGACGCAGAAAGGAACUGGAGGAAGUGCGCUGUUGCUUAUCUUCCUUGUGACAUGCCUCAUCCUUGGUCUGCUUGUGGUUGUUUCGCUCUUCGUGAUCAAGCUGAGGAGGGCUCACAUACUCUGGAAGAAAGUUUUGAUCAUUACAGAAAAUGAAGACUCGGAUCAAUCUGUGGAAAGCAACAGAUCAAAAUCAAGCAAUGAAGAGAAACAAUCUCGAGGAAGAAGGGGCAACGGACUCUUUAACAUCAGAUUCACAAAGUAUGUCAUUGAGGAACCCAUGGCAACAGAGACGAUGACAACAACAAACACCAAAACAGAAGAGGAUCCUGAAAUUCAAGUCAUCCCACAGACAAAUGGAGCAAUCCAAAGCCCUCAGAUCAAGGAGAGGGAACUGUAACAUUUUCCAGUGUUAUCAUAUAGAGAAUUUACAUUGAAUCAUAAAAGUCAUCAUAAGCACAAAGAUGUUACACCAUAUUUUGGGAUGGAAUAUUGUUUUAAAACAUGCACUUUGAUAUGGUGGAUUAUUCUGUGUGUACACAGGCUCAUAAGCUGCUAUUAUGUAUAAUUUCAUUAUCAAAGUUUAUUUUUAUACUGAAAAACAAUGAAGAAUAUACAACAUAAGGAUAUGGAUUUCUCUCUGUAAAUAUUGUAUAAAAGUGUGUAAAUACAAUACAAUCUUAUCACAAACUGUCUUUGUUUUGGUGAUUUCUCUAUUGGGCCACAUUGCUUUAAAUAACAAAUACCAUCAACUGCCUCCUGCCAGUUGAAUGCUUGGCUAGAACAAAACAUGCACCCUCCUGGGGGUCUCCUAAAAUGAGUUUAAGAGAAAUACUGUUGUAAGCUACCGAGGGAAACCGUUUUGUACUUCACAAAUAAAUUGACUGGAAAAUGGUGUGCUACACUGUGGUAUGUGUAACAAAUAGUCAACACAAGCUGUUUCAACUGUUUGCAACUGAACCAUUUCAUGCAAAAUCAAAGAUUGUUGUAUUUAUUGUAUUGACCCCACAAUAGUAUAUGCAUUGGUUGAAGCUCAAUGUUAAAUUCAAAUCUCCCUACUAUCAUAACUAAGUCAAUUUGACACCAAUGUCGAUGACAAUGUGCAAAUCAACUUGAUCAGAGGUACACAACACUCCCCUUUCUCUUGUAUUAUGUAUUACAUUAUAGACAUUACAUGCAAAUAUGUAUUACAUUAUAGCAACCGAUAGACACAAUCAUAUAACCAGGGCUAAACAAUUAAUAAGAUUGUCAUAAUUUGUCUACCACAAAUGAUUGCCAAGAAAGAAAAAAAGUGUUGUAGGUCAAAAACAUCCGCAAAGGCGAGAAAGUAAGAUUUAGUCCAAUAUUGGACUAGCUAGCCUAGUGUUGGCUAGACAGCUAACUGUAGCGCUGGCUAGCUAGCAUUAUUGUUGGGCCUACCAUCUAGGCUAGCUAGUUACUGUCUACAGAAUAUACUUUCCAUGCAAUCUGUUUUUUGGGGGAGAUUAGCUAGCAAGUUUUUUUUAACCUUGACUAGCUAAUGGUGGCAAAUAUGCUAGCUAACGUUAGCUGGGCUCGAUGGUCUUAUCUUCCCUGAACCUUGUUCUCGGUGUAUCUGUUACCCAAGGGUAUUACGUAAGACGCACCCAGCAUGUUAAAGUGAGCUAGCUAGCUACUUGUGUCAACACACUGAAAAACCUAGUUCCUUUUCAAUGUAGCUAAACUAUUAAUGCUAGCUGGAUAACACAAGAACUAGCUAGGUAGCUAGCUAGGCCUAGCUACCACAGAUUCCCACAAGGUCUCAGAUUCCAGGGUGGGAAAAUGCUUACAAGAAAGAAACAUAUGAACAAAGUCAGAGUUGUCAAUUUCCCUUGUUACUUGUAUUGUUAAAAGGGGAAGAAAUAGACAAUCCCAUUUUUCUAAAUUAGCUAUGGAGAGCCCUGCGGUUGCCGUGCCAGGCGGUGAUACAGCCCGAAAGGAUACUCUCAGAGGUGCAUCUGUAAAAGU